AUGGCAGAAACAUUCAAGUUCAAACUACUUCAAUCUACCCCUUAUUAUGCUCAAGCUAAUGGACAGGCAGAAUCAAGUAACAAGGUGAUUAUCAAUAUCAUCAGAAAGAUGCUAGAGAAGAAUCCAAAGCAAUGGCAUGAAAAGUUAUCAGAGACUUUGUGGGCAUACAGAACUUCAAAAAGAGAAGCAACUGGCAUGACCCCCUAUGCUCUAACCUACGGCCAUGAUGCAAUUCUGCCUAUGGAGAUAGCAGUCCAGUCUCUUAGAAUUGCUCACCAGCACGAUCUCACAGGAGAAGACUACUCUCAAGCCAUGUUACUUGAAUUAGAAGAAUUGGAUGCAAGUAGGAUUGACACCCUCAACAAACUCUUGGAAGGAAAACAGGCUGUAUCAAGAGCAUACAAUAAAAGAGUUAAAGACAAAAGUUUUGAAGAAGGAGAGAUAGGCUGGAAGGCAAUUCUGCCCCUUGGAACACACAUAGCUGGAUACGGAAAAUGGUCACCUACAUGGGAAGGUCCUUUUGUGAUUAACCAGAUCCUCGGAAUGGGGGCAUAUAGGUUGCAGGACAGAGAUGGAGUUAUUCACAAUGCCCCAAUCAAUGGCAAAUGGUUAAAGAAGUUCCACCCAACCAUGUGGGAUUCACAAGCUAUGCAGACAGACCCCGGGAUAGAGAGAGAGCAAGGCUAA